ACCCUCCGACUCACUCUCUCUCCUCCUCACCCCCGUUCCUCCGGCCACCGCCUCCUCCACCAGGGGGCGCCAGAGACCUCCAUAAAGUCUCCCCCCGAUCCCCCCACUACACCUGCCCGCCCGCCAGUCUCCAGGGGAUCGGCCUGCCUCCUCCGCGCGAGGUCAGUCGCACGCUGUCCCGGAUCCGCCAUUCCCGGUCCCGCGCCGGGUUUCCUGCUCCGGCUGCGUUGUUCCUGGCUGUCCCGUCCCCGCUCUUGGCCCGGGUUCUCCUGGCCUGCCGUUCGCGGAUCUCGAGCCAGAUCCUGCCCCGCAUGGGGUGUCGUCGGUUCCCAGCCUAGCGGUGCCGCGCCAUUGCCACACCAUUUUGGAGCAAUUGCUUGCCCGGUUCCUCUGGUUGUCUGAGCUGCGAGAAAUCUCCCUAUUGUUCAAAUCGAAAGAUCCAGUUCACCGGGCCUUUCGCGUGUGCCGAAUUUGAGGCAGAUUGUCCCCAUCAAUCAAUCGUCUGAAUCUCCUGCUUUCUGCUUCGGAGGAAAAAAAAAAUCUGAUCCCUGCUCCAACCACCACUACCAAACCACGCACCCAAGAUCCUCCGCUGCAUUGGCCGCGGCCUGCGCGUAUUCUGCGAAUCCUGAUCCAAGAGCCCGCAGGCGCGGCAGCAGCCGCUGGCCGGAGAUGACGUCGCCGUACGCCUCGCCGUUCCUGCUCUCCCUGCUGCUGCUCAUCUCCAUCCCGGUCGUCUUCCUCCUCGCGCCGCGCCUGCUCCCGCCCAAGACGCUCCCGGCCAUCCCGGACGCCGACGAGUCCGACGACCUUGCCCUCUUCCGCCGAGCCAUCCUCUCCUCCUCGUCAGCCACUCCCACGCCCACCUCCGCGGGCUCCUACUUUUUCUGGCGCCGCCCGGCGCCCAAGAUCGCCUUCCUCUUCCUCACCAACUCGGACCUCGUCUUCUCCCCGCUCUGGGAGAAGUUCUUCCGCGGGCACACCCACCUCUUCAACCUCUACGUCCACGCCGACCCCUACUCCGUCCUCGAGAUGCCGCCCACGCCAUCCUUCCGCGGCCGCUUCGUCCCCGCCAAGGCCACGCAGCGCGCCUCCCCUACCCUCAUAUCCGCCGCGCGCCGCCUCCUAGCCACCGCGCUCCUUGACGACCCCAACAACCAGUUCUUCGCGCUCCUGUCGCAGUCCUGCAUCCCGCUCCACCAGUUCCCAACCCUCUACAAUGCACUCCUCUCUGACAAUGCUGGCCCUCAUAGCCGCCACCGCAGUUUCAUAGAGAUAAUGGACAACAUGGACAACGACACCAAGCUGCUGCAUGACAGGUACUAUGCUCGAGGUGACGAUGCCAUGCUCCCUGAGGUUCCAUAUGAUCAGUUCCGGGCUGGCUCACAGUUCUUUGUGCUCACGAGAAGGCAUGCCAUCAUGGUCGUGAGGGAUAUGAGGCUUUGGAAGAAGUUCAAGUUGCCCUGUCUGAUCGAGCGCAGGGAUUCAUGCUACCCCGAGGAGCAUUACUUCCCCACACUACUGGAUAUGCAGGAUUCUGAGGGGUGUACUAAGUAUACCCUAACAAGGGUAAAUUGGACGGAUUCGGUUGCAGGCCACCCACACUUGUAUGGGCCUGGAGAGGUAUCUGCGAGCUUGAUCAGGGAGCUGAGGAAGUCGAACAUGACACACUCUUACAUGUUCGCCCGCAAGUUUUCUCCUGAGUGCCUUGAGCCUUUGAUGGAGAUUGCAGACUCAGUCAUCCUACGUGACUAGUCUGAAGCAG